AUGGCCGGUGACCACAAGAUAGUACCUUAUUGUAAGCUUGUGCUGGGGCGUCCUAAAUUAUGCUUUGGUAAGACUUCAAUCUAAGUACUAAGUGUUCUCGAAUCAUAUUCAGUUUAUAGAAUAAGCAAUUGGGAAAGUUGAAGCCUAAGAGAAUGAGCAAAGUUAUCGGGCUCAGCAGUUUCAUGAAGACAACCCUGUAUGCCGGUCUCUAUAAGAAAUGCGAACAUUAUUCGAUUCAGCUGUCUAUUUUAUGUAUACUGACUAUACUUUGUAAUAACAAAUGAGUAAGAUGUCGAGAAAAACCAUUUCUUCGUUUUCAAAAAUCUCUUUGCCAGAUAAACACGGAAUGAUAAAACAUUGCCUGCGAAAAAUCUCAAUCUGUCCCACAAAACUUACCGGAAAUUUUGCGUAACAAUAUUGCAGGUAAAAGUGAUUGUUACUUGUGCAGUUUAAAACUGACAUGUUAAGCCCAAGAAGAGUAAAUGUUUGUUAUAAAUUUGAUAAUUUUCCUCUAAGGUUUAUUGCACUUAUUUAAUACUUCAAGGUUUUAUUUUGUCCCACAGCCAUUGCACUCGCUGCCCAUGUAUCGGUUAUUUUACUCACUGCAGCUCUUGACAUGUCUGGCUACAACAUUCUCCCGGUGGAUUUUUCUCGAGUUCCGCUGAAUUUGGAAAACGACAAUUCCAAGUUGAGAGCAGAUGCUUGGAAAUUUGCUAGCGAAGAUCCGCGCGUUAAUUUAAAUGCAGCCUCCCUUGGCGUUCAAGGAGAAAGAAAGGCGAAGUAUGACUUGUUGUUACUCGUGUACGAGUUAAAAGAAGGAAAUGUGUUCACCAAAGAAAAUCUUCAGCUGAUUCAGAAAACGGAAGAAGAAUUGUUUUCUAACACAAAUUAUCAGGAAAAGUUAUGUUUGUUGAUGGAAAGCGGCAUAUGUAAAGCACCUACUUCAAUUAUCAGAUUUUUUGAUGGCACAUAUAAAAUGCUUCAUCCUUUUCUUAAUGACCCGGAUUUUGAAAAUAUUCCACGAGUUUUGAACACUGCAAAAGAUAUAAAUCAUACUCGAGUAAUCUUAGACUUUCAUCUCAGCAAGGACGCUGUUAUAACUCCUUCAAUUGCCAAAUCGUCAUACACACGAUCUUUCCUUACGCUCGGGUUCCCAUUUAAAGGUUUCCGAAGUGUUUCAGACAGCCCAGAUGAGCAAUUUAAUUUUUCGCAAGAAUACUCCGGUAGAGCUUUCUCAGAGAAGCUUGCUAAGCUUUACAAAUCAGGAAUUGGGAACUUGAACUUUUAUUAUGAUCUGAGGUCGCUGUUUUUUGAAGCCACUUCUAAACAAGUCAUAGCGGAUCUCUUGCUUGUUUUUGGUAGCUUUGCGUUCAUUUUCAUUUUUAUGCUUUUUCAAACUCAUUCUCUGUGGAUCACCGGUUGGGCAUUGUUCAGCAUAUUUGCAUCCUUUUUUAGCGCUAACAUGAUUUACAGGAUUGUCUUCGAUUUCCGCUAUAUUGGUAUUUUUCAUGUGCUGUCCAUUUUCAUUAUUCUUGGAAUCGGCGCUGAUGAUGUUUUUGUCUUUUAUGACACUUGGCGCUCGUCACAAGAGAAAUCUUUUCCAAACCUCCUUACCAGGUUCUCGGCUGUGUAUCUGCAUGCUGCUGGCGCUAUGUUUAUUACGUCUUUUACAACUAUGGUGGCUUUCCUUUCAAACGUGACCUCUCCGCUGCUAGGCGUUUCAUCAUUCGGUACGUUUUCAGCGCUACUUGUCUUUGUCAACUACUGCUCAGUGAUCUUUUUUUUGCCGACUGUUCUCAUUACGUACGAGUUUUACUGGAAGGACUGGGAAUGGCCGUGCUUCAAAGUGUUCAACGUUUGUGCCAGAAUUCCUAGUGACAACCAGGUUGCUCCAAGCCCCACAAGAGAGAAUGAAGAGAAAGCUGACGCUGCACAAGACAUCCCCGGGAAGACAUCUAACCGCACUCACAAAAUGAUAACAAGGUUCUUUGGAGGGAUUUUCGUCGAUAAAGUAGUUGGUCAUAAAAUUGUCCGCUGGGUCAUCCUGGUCAUUUUUGUAGCAUUUAUAUCCCUGUCUGCAACAUAUGCAGCACAAAUAACCGCUGAUCAGGAGGAGGUACAGUAAUACACACUUUUGUUAUACACGGAGCUUAAUUCCAGCAGCGAGAAUCCAAAUCUUUAAAAUCCUCUGUUUUCUAAACCUGUAACGAACCAGGGGUGUCUUUAUUAUCUCAGAAAAACACUGAAAUUUUUCCCCUGAUUUUCCAAGCUCGCGAUAAGUUAAUCAAACUUCUAUUUUCGCAAGAACUGGUAAAAACUAUCUGCUAUUUCCACUGAAAUUUCUGACAAAUAGCAGGAAUCAAUCCCCAGUAUAACACGAGCAACUCUUCCCUGACGAGAGGCAACAAUUUUAGACGUCCAAGGAAAACGUUUAAUUCAUAUACGUCCCUUUCUUCCUGUCAAAACCUUCCUUUAAGUUGUAGUAAUUCUCGGUUGUGGUAAUUAAAGUAACAGUUAGCGUACUUCGCAGCAUAAUUCCCUGCAAUUAUUGAGUGGUCUUCACAGCCUGACGCGUUAAAUUAGAAGGAGACCAAAUGUAAGUAAUCAUUUUUUGGAAGGAAUGAUGCGCUUUUGACGGGAGAUACUUGAAAAACUGAUGCAGUGAAGAGUUUCUCUCAUAUCUUACAGAUUGAUAUGUGGGGAGAGGGAACCAACUGGCACAGUGUUCAACGUCUAAACAGAAACCAGUUUAAUCCAAGCUCAGAGGACAAUGUAAUUAACUUGUACAUUGUGUGGGGACUCAAGAACCAAGACCGCAGUGAAUGCCAUUUCACUGACUAUAAAUGCAAAGGAAAAACAGUGUUGGAUAGAAGUUUUGACAUGAAUCCUCCACCCUGUCAGAUAGCUAUGCUGGUAAGAAAUCACUCUUUAACACUCGUCAAGAUCAAUAACUGGCCCAGGCCUUUUUUAUUUGUCAUGACUGAUCGAGAAGGUAACUAAGUAUGGUAUCUAUUUGUUUGUCAAAUUGCAUCGCUCAUCGCUCACCGUACGUCCCCACUUCAAUCCAUUCGAACCACAGGUGAACCAAUAGCGCCCUAAUGGACUAGGUUCUUAAGUUUAUUUAUAUCUUGUGCGAGGUAUUAGUAUUUCACGGUUUUUCAUUUCUUUACUGGAACUCGAAAGUUCAUCGUUUUUCCUAAAGGGUUCCUAUUUAACGGGAGCUCCCCUUUAAGGAUUGACUUAAGAUGCUUUACAAGAAAGAUGGUGCACGUUGUUUCUAAAAAUUAAUUUUGUUACACUGAUGACACAGAAGAAAUCAGUAUCCUAUUUACAUUUACAGUCAAAGCAUGUCAAGCGUUCCUGCCGCUAGUGGACUAAUAAAUUCAUGAAUGGAAAAAUGAUUCGGUUUGUCGAUUCAAUAACCCAAAAUGAAUAAUCCAAUAGUCAAAUUGGACCUCGAUUCAAUAAUUAAAUGUUGAUUUGGUUUAUGAACAAAAUCUACCUGUUCUUUAUUCUUGUCUUUUGCGUUCAAUCGUACUUGCUUCCCUUUUCCUUCCGUUUACGAUCGCGUUUUUCAUUGCCUUUAAUCGCAAACGCAAAGAAACUGACAAAGAUCGAAAUCCGUCAAUCACUGCACAUACACUGACCACAGUUUAAAUAUCGUGUUACUCUGAUUACCGGCAGCAAAAUGGCGUACAUGUACGCACUCGACUCUUAGAAAAAAAAAAGGAAAAAACAAAAUUCUGAGGUCGACUUGUGGAAAGUGUAGUUUUUCAAAAAACAGUAAUCGAAUCAACAUUCGAUUAUUAAAUCGAGGCUUAAUACGAAUAUUGGAUUGUUCACUUUAUGAAUAGAUUAUUGAAUAAACAAACGAAAUCAUUUUUCCAUUAAUGAAUUCAUUAGUUCGUUAGCGACAGGAACACUUGACCUGCUUUGACUGUAAUCAUUUUACUAUGAGUAGUAUGAAUAUAAAUUAAAUAAAUAUCAGGAAAGAAACUUCGAAAUGACGUCAAUAGCACAAGCUAUCGCCUGAAAAAGGGACAGCAACCUUGAAGCCCUAAAGACGAGGCUGCGUUAGCUCAAAUGUUUUGGUAGAGCUCGAUAAAAUGGCGCAAAAGUUCACACGGUUUGUGAAGAAGAAAUAGUCGAACUUCUGCCUAAAAGCAUAGCAAGAACAGCAAAAUACAACUCAAAGGAUGACAACUUGUAUUUGAAGAAUAUCUGCAAGACCAAACAUCCCUUUAUAUUCUGAAUUCGUGCAGGAAAAGACAACCGUACCUUGAUCUGUAUAAUUCUUCAGAAUAUACUCAGCCUCACACAAUAAUUGCCAAAUAUCUCAAGGAGAUCAUGCUCCAUCAUUAUCUGUUUUACAGAUUUCAACUUAUAGUGACCAAUAUUGAAAUCCUUGGUCAGUUACGCGGCUACACAGCCCUUUAAUUAACCUGUUUAUGUGUAUGCAAAGAAUAUGCUCGAUGCUCAAAGAACCUUCUCGAUGGUGUUAGAAUCGAUGGGAAGAAUAGCUUCUAUAGUUUCUAUUGAAUAAUUUUGAAGAUGUUCUUUGCUUUCAUCUAGGAGUUUUGCAAAGAACUGAGAAGUUUGAACAACGAAAAGCUGGAAGAGUUAAAGAUCAGACGAAACGCAGUAACCAAUGAACCGGACAUACAAUGUUUUGUGGAGGACAUGAAUACAUUUCUUACGGUGAGUGAGUAAAUUUGUUCAGGAACAUUGAGUGAGAAAACAACACCAAGCUGAUUGACGCAAACUGACGGUAUACUAUAGGAGUGGCAUAGGAAUAAGUUGAAUUAACUUUAACUAAUCAAGAGUUAAUGACUCUUUAUUUUAAGUCAAAUAUGAGUGGCGAUAUACAUUACACAGUGAUCUUUACAACCCGGAAGGGGGACUCCCAUAUAAAAGUGAGGGGGAUGCUCGUCGUCUCGCUUAAGGGUAUAAAUUGCAAAUUAUUUAAUUUUUGGGCUCACUUUUGGUGUCUGGGACAGAAAUUCACUGUAUUUGCCCAUUCAAGUAUCGCUUAGGGCUUAUGUAAAGAAAUUUCCAUAAAAACAAGUGACGUCUGUUUUAGUGCAGUCUUCUUUAGGGAUCAGUUUAAGCUUGAGCCACACCCAUAUUGGUCUCCCUUAGCGGUUGAAUUUUAAUUUUCCGACGAGCAUUCCUGUCACUUUUAUAUGGGAGUUCUCCCCCCAAGCUUUACAAAUAGUCUUUUUCAAAUAACAAAAUCCCCUGCACUUGAAUUUAUAUGUAAGGUGUUUCUUUCUGUAUGUUUUUGUAUUUCUUUUCUUUUCUUUUUUCUUAUGUAAUUUAAUAACGUCUUUCGUCCUUCCUAGAUUAGCAUUAUAGCUAUUUGCAGGACAUAAAGUAUUGUAAACUUUAUAUUUCUUUAAAUAAAUACAUUGUUGUUGUUUGCUCGUCGUUGUUGUUGUUGUUGUUAAUCGACUUACAAUUUGACUUAAGUUGCUGUCGUCCUAUGAAACGGAAUAAUUGUUUACCCAUUUUCUGGUAUCCAAAACUACAGUUUGAAAUCAGACCUUUUCAGAGAACAAACUUUUGAGGUCGCAGUUAGUGAAGGUCCGACUGUAAACGUGGUAAAGUACACUUUUGUCCAAUGACGUGCAGUAAAAGACAAACAAUUCUCUUGAAUUAUAGUAAUGUCAAUGAUAUUGCCGUCAGGUGUUUGAUGCCUUGCAUCACUUGCAUCAUGUGCCGGUGGUAAGUUAUGUAAUACAAUAAGUUUGAUUCCACUGUUCAAUGAUAUAAAUAUGUUACUUUUCAGAAAGAAGCAAAAACGGCCAGAUACCCAAACGGCACAGAUUUUAGCAUCCCUGUUAACAGCCAAAAAAUCAGAACAUUGAUGCAGUACAACCCCACCAUGUACAACUCUUCAAUUCUAUCGCAAGCUUAUUAUCGCUAUUAUGAAGUAGCUCUCGGCUUUUGGCUGACGCACGGAAACACAUCAUACAGUAGUGAUGAUUACUUAACUUACAGUUCGCUUCUUGGUGGAGAGAUUGAUGCCACCUACAAGCUUCAGAAACCCAGUUUUCAAGGUUUUUAAUCUUUUUUUUUUUUAACAAGUACAGGUUAGAACCUUUUAUAAUUGAACUACUACCUUUCAAUCGGAAAAAAAGGAGUUGUUGCGUUGGUUAUCAAGAAUAACGUGUGAGCUAGAGAACUACAGUAAUGUUACAUACAUCUUCUCUUGUGGUUAAGGGUGUCAUGUUCAGCGGUAUUUUCUUGUAAGCAUGCGUGCAUGUUUGCUGGGUCUUUUGAGAAAUCGGCCAUAUUGAAGAACCAUAGAAGUUGUUAAUUAAUCCUCCUACAUCGUAGUCUCUAGUAAAGAUUUUUACAAACGGGUGCGGUCCUAGAGUCUUUUUCAAAAUGGAAGUGCAGUAAAAAAAAGUCCACGAAAGUAAAAUCCUUUUCAUUACUCUCACAGUUGUACGUAAAAAAGAUGAAGAUCACAAUCUCUUCUUCCCUUUGUCACAUUUUUAGUCACAAAUAUUGAUUUCAUCUUCCUUGAAAUCCACCCUAGGAGUCUUUCGGUUAUUGUCGUUAUUACGCGUGGAUUUAAAAGAUCGAGGACUCCAAGGCACUUUUCAGGCUUGGUUUCUGAGAACGAGUACCUGGGUUCCGGCACAAAAUCAGUGGUGCUGAGUUCACACCUUGCUACCCGAUUUAUAACUGUGUACAUAUAUAAUUAUUUCGCCCUGUUUAGCGCUAUUUUGAAACGUGAGUUUGGCAGGAAGUUAUGGGUAUGCAAAGCAGUGGACUGCCUCGGAACUAACAGAAAUCGUGUGCACACGGGGUUGUUCCAGACGCGGCACCUACUUUGGUGCGCUUUAGUGCCCGAGUAUAAGGUCUCGACGUCAUCACCUGGGCAACAACACCGUGCCCGAAUUCUGGGGUGGGUACUUUAGAAAGGGUGUGUUCACAUUAGUUCAUAGCGAGUACCGAACUUGAGCACCUUGUCCGUGUACCAAGUGAAAACGCUGCCUUACAUACUCUUUCUGAUGUAUAGGCGGCAAGUAUGGAAACAACAUCUUGUACGCUGCAGUCAAGAUUCAUACAACACUAACAGGCGGAAACAUAGGAUACGAUAAAGGACUUCCUGUACAUGAUGCCUGGGAGGAGUUUGUGAAGACAAAGGUAAGGCGGCCAUCUUUAUACUAUCGGAUGGUCAGUUGCUUGUUAAAGCAUAUAACAAGAAAAAUUAAAAGUAACGUUAUUGUUAUUUUUUGUUUGUUUCUUCGUAAUGAUAUAAGAAAAAUGGAAACGUCGAAUGACGUUAUUUAUCCUUAACUAAAGCUAUGUUUAUGUACAGCCUGCAUGUAUGGCAGAUGCUUAGAGGAGGAAAGGAAACGAUCAAUUAAGUCAUGAGCUUAAAUUCUCUUUUUUUUAUUUCUUCUUAUUCAAACGCCUACCGCGAACGCUCCACCAAAUAAUACGGUGCAAGUGACACGCAAUCAAGUCAUUUUUUUUAUACCAUGUAUCAAGUUUGUUCUCUGAUAUAGAGGAAAACUUCAUGACAAUCGUCAAAAUCUUAUCCUUUGUUCACUUCUGUCCGUGCCUAAGGAGAUUUCUCCUAAUUGUUUCGUCAUUAAGCAGGCGUUAUUGCAAUUUAACUUGGUGCUGAAAUUUUUACCACCCAUGACUUUUUCAGAUGAGCAGUAUGCCAGCAUCGUGCAACAGUGCUUUCCAGAUCACGCCAGAGUUUAACAAUCCAUGGCACUGGAUUAAAGUGCAGAAGGUUUGUAUAGAGAUCCUGUUCUCUGCAGCUACUAAGUAUCACGUUAAGCUUAAGGAAUCCAUGUUCAUAAAAUGGGAAAAACCCGACCUCAACCAGCAGGUGAAACACCUUUGUAGAGAUCCUGAACUCUGCGGCUAUUAAGUAUCAAGUUAAGCUUAACGAAUCCAUGUUCAUAAAAUGGGAGAAAGCCGACCUUCACCAGCAGGUGAAACACAUAAACUUGACUCUCUCUCUCUUUCCCCCUUUAACUUCACUGAUUUAAACUUUUAAAAAACGCAAUAUUGUCAACGCAAUGUAAUGAACUUUGUAACAUCGCGCGCGAUUUAAAUUCAACGGCAAUUACACAAUAUGUAACAAUGUUUUCAAGCUAAAGAUGACGGAUGUACUGUCGAAACAAAUUAAAGUUGUUUUGUUUAUGCGGCUGUUUGUAGAGUCAAUUUAGGCUUCUCCUAGAAACUAAGGGUCCGUUUUAUUAGUGAAAAAUAUUCCGAAGGAGACUGCACAAUGAUAUUUAACCUCCUUUUUUCUAUAUUACACAGGUUCUGGUCCAAAGUGCUGUGAAUGGGAUUGUUUUGGGUCUAUGUUUUGCCGCACCGCUUCUCAUAGUUAUGACAACAAACUGGAUUGUAGCAUUAUUGUGCUGCAUGACAAUUUGUCUCAUCACUUUAGGAGUGGUUGGUAUAAUCCCAAUGGCCGGAUGGAAGCUUGGAAUGCUUGAGUCACUCAACCUGACUCUGGUUGUUGGUUUAGCUGUUGAUUACGUCGUACACCUUGCAGAUGGUUACGUUCGUUCUCAGAAGCACUCUCGCAAAGACAAGGUGCGCGAGACUCUGGGUCACGUGGGCAUCUCUGUGUUGUCGGGCGCGUGCACAACAGUAGGGGCAUCAAUUUUCAUGCUUUUCGCGAAAAUCGUGUUCUUUUUUCAAUUUGGUGUCUUUAUUUUCUGUACUAUCGGGCUUUCAAUACUUUUUGCGCUGUUUUUCUUUACAACUGUGCUUGCGCUAAUGGGGCCUGAAGGUAACAGAGGCUCUAUCUUGCCGCUAGUGCAAUGGAUCAAGGACAAACUCCGCAACAAGAAACCAACUGAUGUCACUUGCCAGAAAUGUGACGGACGAGGAUUUCAUGCCCCUCACCCUCCCCCAGCAUCGAGCCUCGUUUCUUUUGACCAUCCUAUUCCUACAUAG